AAUGUGAAGCUCUGUUUUCUCGAGUUGGGUGGUAGAUCUAUACUGAACUUCUGUGAUCUACAACGUCUCUCUGUGUAUCUAUAAAUUUAAAUUCUGCCGUCCUUUCAAUUUACAUGUUGCUAUAUGCCUAAUACCCCUUUGGGGGCAUAGGCCGUCCACAAGAUUUCUCCAGAUCUCUCUAUCCUACGCAAUUUGUUUCAGUUCCUUCCACGUUUUUCCUAUUUUAUUGGUGUCGGCCUCAGUUUGAACAACCCGCCCCGCCCUAUCUGGAUAGCAGUCUGCUGCUUAUCUAAAUUCUUCUAUGUCGACUCCGUGUUUGUCGCUUUAUUGACGGUAAACAGAACUUUCAUAUCGUUCUUUACCUGGGAGAAUCACCUUGUCCAUACUUCUUUAUAUAGAACUACUUCAAAUACACCAUCACAUUUGCCUGAAAUUCUGUCUUUUCUGUAUAUUUUGAAUAUUAUUCGGAAAUAUUCCAUUGAUCUGGUUUUACUAGGGUAGGCAGGGCGCACUUCCUUUAAUCCGUGUUAAUCACUUCUGGCUGAAUCUUGCUGAUCGCGCGCAUUUUAUUUAGGCCGUGUGCCCUGUCAUCGUUUCCCACAACCGUUGGAGAGACGUUGAUGACCGUUCGUACACUCCAUAAAAAGAAAUAUCAACUACUGCUUUGUGGGUGCAUUUCAUGGUCGUAGACUUCAUUGGCGAAAUAUGGUGUCCAAAGUGAAAUUUGCUUUAUUUGGCUUUGGAAAUAUGGGGCUGUCCCACAUGAAGAAUAUCCUUACUUCUCCCAGGGCAUCAGUGAAGUGGGUGGUUAGAAAUAAAAUCAAGGAGGCACAGAAGUUUGUGCAGGAUUACAGUCUUGCAGCCAGAUGCACCACUCCUGACAAUUUGGAGGGACUCUAUAAUGACCCGGAAGUGAAUGCUGUGCUGAUCUGUUCCCCUACUUCAACACAUGAACCUUUAAUCAGAGAUUCUCUUUUAGCAGGAAAAGCAGUUUUCUGUGAGAAACCAAUCACUGACGAUUUAAGUUCUACAGCAGCAUGUUACGAUUUAGCAGAGAAACAGAAGAAGCCAUUGUUCAAUGCGAUGCAUAGGCGAUAUGAACCAAAUUUUCGGAGUGUCCGGGAGAAAAUAAUGAUGAAUGAAUUAGGUAACCUUCGUUUGAUUAAGCUAACCAGCAGGGAUCUGUCACCCCCUCCUAUCUCAUACAUCAAGACAUCGGGGGGAAUUAUUUACGACUCAACCGUUCAUGACCUUGACAUGUCCUUGUGGCUAGCUGGUUCAAAACCUGAGUCUGUGUAUGUGAGUGCCUCGGCCUUUGACCCUGAAAUUGCUAGCUGUGGUGACUUUGACCAAGUGGUAGUAACCAUCAAAUUUAGGAAUGGUGUAAUAUCAUCUGUAGAGAAUGGAAGAGUAGCACCAUAUGGAUAUGACCAAAGACUGGAGGUUUUGUGUGACAAAGGUAUGAUAAGUGUGGAUAACAAGAGGUCAAGUUUAGUGACGGAGCACCUCGCCAAGGUGACAACAUCUCCUCCGAUUGACGACCACUUCAUCAACAGAUACCCACAGGCGUAUGCUGCGGAGCUGGAACAUUUUCUAGAUGUCAUGCAAGAAAAAGCUGAAUUACAAGUGAAGAAAGAGGACACGUUGAACGUCAUGCGACUGAUCCAGGCCUGUCAGCAAUCUAUAGCAACUAAAGGACCUGUCGCUAUGGAAUCUGAAGUUUGAUUAUUAGUGGACAAGAAACCCAUUGUCCCCUGCUGCCUCGCUUCAGAGCGGGUGACAAUCUACUGGGCCAGCAUCGCGACGGGAAGUCUCGCUCUCUGGAAGAAGUCGCCAUUGUUAAAGUUUCCCGUUUCCAGCUAAUAGAA